AUGGCCGAAGAAUUUGUGAAGGGCUCUGUUCAUCAAAACGGUGUCGCUGUCAUAACCCUCAAUCGCCCCAAAGCAUUUCUCAGAGUCAUAGAUGAUGGGAGGAAGAGCAUUAACAUGCAGCAUUUCAGAGUCAUAGAUGAUGGGAGGAAGAGCAUUAACAUGCAGCAUUUCAAAGUCAUAGAUGAUGGGAGGAAGAGCAUUAACAUGCAGGCUAUCUGGAAACAACAUAAACCAAUCAGAGAAGGAAUAUCAACUUGUCUAGCACGAUUGGGUGAUCUCAGUUCUCUUGAACAACAUGGAUUUGUAGGAAACAGGAUGUGGUCAUUGGAUAGGGACCCUUCACCUCUUCCUCCCUUAGACAAUCAGUCAUUUGUGGAACUAAUAUUGAAGUCAACAAAAGUUGACUUAAAGACACCCUGUAGUUUUGAGUUUCGGCUUCGCAUCUCUCUCAAUGCUGACAACCUAAUUUUGAUUCCGCAAAUUGUGUUUGAUGAUGAAAGCUAUGGUACUGUGGAUGAGGAUGAAAAAACCUAUGACCAAAUUGAAAGUCGAGGAAUUGCUCCUAUAGUAAUUCCACCUAUUGACUUCAUGAACAAGUAUUUGGAAAAGAACAUUCAUGCAAAAUACAUGCUUCAAGUUCACCAUCAAGUUUAUUCAGAGAGAGAAAAGAGGCCAAUUUAUUGUGUUCAUAGAAAUAAGACUAUAGAAAAACCUUUCAUAGAGUUAGACAAGGUGGAUCGAAGGCAUGGGAAGAGGCCUUUCCCUUCUGAUCAUGCAUCAAGGGAGGAGAGGGAAGGUUUCAACUUUUCUGUUCUUCCAUCUCCACCUAAGAGCCAAGGGGAAGAAGCUUCUCAAUUUUCCUUUAUACAUCCAAUCAAUAAUACUAGUGAUGAUAGCACCCCUUCCACACCAAUUCCACAAUAUGGGCAAAUAAGCAAUUCUUGCUUGAUUGAGACUCAGGACCCAUCCCAACAGCCUUUAAAUCAAGGAGGCAAUGGGAGAAAAAGACACUAUAGAGGAGUUAGGCAGAGACCGUGGGGUAAAUGGGCUGCCGAAAUCCGCGACCCUAAAAAGGCUGCUAGAGUGUGGCUUGGCACGUUUGACACGGCAGAGGCUGCUGCUGCUGCUUAUGAUGCUGCUGCUUUGAAGUUCAAAGGCUCUAAAGCCAAGCUCAAUUUCCCAGAACACGUUCUUGUUCCUCCUCCUCCAAUAUCAUCAUCACCUUAUAAUAAUAAUCAUCAAAAUAAUCAUAGUUAUUGUUAUGGUUCUUCAGCUCUUGCACCACCACCUCCACUACCACUACCAUCAUCACAACACGUUUAUGAUCAACCACAACAACCCUUGUUAUCAUCAUCAUCACAAGAAGAAGGGUUUCCAAAUCUAAUGCAGUACGCGCAGCUUCUUUGGAGUAGGGAUGAUGAUGAUCUACAACGUGUUGCUUCGGGCCUUCAUCAUCAACAACAUCAUCAUCAUCAUCAUCCCAAUGAAGCUUUCUAUGAUUCAAGUUCUUCAACUUUGUUCUCAUCAUCGUCCACUACUUCUUCUAUGGCUGUGUCUGAUCAACAGCAGAUUGGAGAUGACACGAGUACUGCUCCCAAAAGGGGAGAAUAUUAUGACUCUUGCUUUUUUAGAGGGAAUGAUUUUCAUGACAAGAAUUGAACAUUAUGUUAAGUGUAAGUAUGAUGUUUUCUGUUCAAAACCUACUUUUUUUCUGUCUAUGGUUUUCAUAAUUCAAAUAAUACUUCUUAAACUUCAGGUAAACUCACAUUUCUUCACAUCAGAAGUGAUAUGUUUCUGAUAUUAUAAGCCAUGAGAAGUAGAUCUGUAUACUUGUGAUGAAUGUGUGAUUUAAGUGUUUGGGACAUAAGCAUAAUUAAUUAACAUGCUUGUGACCAGAUAAUUAACUAUA